AUGGCAUUUCGACAUACAUGGAGAUUGUUAUCGAAAAAUAUUAUUCCAGCUAUGUCCGUAGGAAUAGUGUUCGCACGUUCUGACGAAAAAAAAGAUACAGAAGAUGAAAAGAUAGUCAAAGUUCAAAUGCCUAAUUUUGAUAAAUUAAAUUAUGAUUUUAUGAUUAAACAAUCGGCUGUUGAAGUUGUAAAUAGUGCUUCCCAAGCUCUAACAAUAGCUUACACCGCUAUUGAAAGCACAAGCCGGGAAUACAGAUUAUUAUUAUCAAAAUUAAUGAGUCUUAUAGAAGAAACUCUAAUUUAUGAAGUAUCUGAUGAACAUGAGGACUUGAUAAUUGCUGUUAGAUCAGAUGUUAAUAACAAGAAAAAAAUUUUAAACGAUUUAUUAAUAUACAUGGAUUAUGUACAAAGAAUGGUUGAAGCAGCAUCAGUAGUGAGUAAUUCAGCAGGAAUGGAAAACUUAGCGAUGACUCUGUGUGAAAGAAUGGAUGAUGCUCUUAAACACAAAGACCGAGAAAUUCACGAUAACAACCUCUUAGAGAAACAUAAAUUAAUCAACAUAUCAUUUUUAAUAGAUUUAUAA